CGAAGCACGCACACGAGCUCGCUGAGAAGGGCGCGCGCGCGCGUGAUAAAGAUGGCUGCGACGGUGGGGGAAACGGCGUGAUAUGCAGGAGUAGCGGCACUAAACCCGAGUAAAACCACCGUAUGACAGACCAUAGCAAAAUGGAAACAAUGUCACAGUAGGUGUUUACCGGUAAUACCAAGUACUACAAACUCACAUCACCCCGAGAGGGUAUUCAUCCUGUGAUUGUGGAGAAAUCUCAACGCGAGCAUGGCUUCGCACAGUAACCAGUACAUCUUUGGGGAGUUCAGCCCAGAUGAGUUCAAUCAGUUCUUUGUGACUCCCCGCUGUUACGUCGAGCUUCCCCCAUUCAAUGAUAAAGUCUCCUGCGUCAGCCAUUCCUCAGGAGGUUACUGCACUCCUGCUGUGCCUUACAUAAUGGAAUCAUUGAGACGGCAGGUUUGCGGAGACGACUACCAGCAUAUCGAGUUUGGCGUGGAUGAGGUAAUGAAUGCAGAGUCUGUGGCAGUGAAAGACUCGCUGUACAAAGUCUCCAGCACUCUUAAUCCUCAGGCCCCUGAGUUCAUCUUAGGCUGCCAACCACCUCAGAAGGCCCUUCCCACAGCCACGCCAGUCGCUGAUAUCCCAGAUGGCACCGACUUCGACUCCCUAUGUUGCAGUAACUCCGAGACCUCAGUCCUGGGCAGCCACCAGGCCUGCUCUGAUAUGGAUGGGGUUUCGGGCGGCUUGGGGCAACGGAAGAAAAAGAAAAAGCGGCCGCCAGGAUACUACAAUUAUCUGGAGGGUUCUGACAGCACUGGUUUGGCCACAGAUGAAGUGGAGGCCUCAGGCCUGGUUAACGGACAUUCUCCAAAUGCUCCACUCCUGGGUUCAGAGGACAUGGUAGGGGAAGUGCUAGCUGGGGCUGAGCUCAUCCCCCAAAAUUCUGUAACAUCCAGCACAUCUACACCCCAAGCCGACCCUUUUUCCCAUCAGAGGACUUGUGAAAGCCCUGAAAAUUUGACAUUGGACUUGACUAGCGGAGCUGCCUCUUUUUCAGACAGAAAUGGGGCAGCUUCUUCGUCUACUUCUUCGUCCUCUCAGAGCAGCGGGGUGGCACAGAGUGCCAGGACUGCAGAGCAAAACGCAGAACCCCCAGCUCUAGAGAAUCCAGUACUCCUGGGUAACGGAGGGCACAGCUCCUCUCCUCCAUCUCCUCUUCCCCCUGAUGCUGCUGUGGCCACCCUCAAAACCACAAUUCCUGCUACUACUGAUGAGAGGGAGGCUGAGGGCUCGGGGGAGGCUAACGGGCUGCCAGAGACUGCCUCGGCUGCUGGAGCUGCAGAUGGACUCCAAGAUAGGGUUGAAAUGGGCGAGGUGCAGUCAGCUUCCUCUGUAACUCCUCUCUCCUUAGACUCUGAAGUUCAGCCGCCAGUCUCGCCCAGUCCCACUGCAGCACCUGUGGCCAACCCCCCGAAAUCCUGGGCCAGCCUCUUCCACAACUCCAAGCCUCUGCCUGGAGGUCCUCAGGCUUACGUUGAGGUAAAGAGUAUGCCUGCUGUCGUCACUUUCACUCCGGCUGCUUCAGAGUUACCUGAAAAAGCCAUUGAGGUGCACGAAGGCCCUAUCCCUGUUUCUGAAGACCCUAUGGCCCCAAAAUUGGCAGAAUUAAUCGAGAAUGUGAAGUUGAUACACAAACCAGUGUCUUUGCAACCAAGAGGACUGAUUAACAAGGGAAACUGGUGCUAUAUCAAUGCUACCCUGCAGGCCCUGAUUGCAUGUCCUCCCAUGUAUCAUCUGAUGAAGUCUAUUCCCCUUUUCACUGAGACUCAGAGACCCUGCACAUCCACACCCAUGAUGGAUAACUUUGUUCGUCUUGUGAAUGAGUUCAGCAAUAUGCCUGUCCCUUCCAAGGCUAAACAGCAAGCUGCUGGAGAGAAGAUAAUGAAAGACCUUCGAGUGGGUGCUCCUUUUGAACCCACAUAUAUCUAUAAACUCACCCUCAUCAAAUCAAGCCUUUCUGAGAAGGGGCGCCAGGAGGAUGCGGAGGAGUACCUUGGUUUCAUUUUAAAUGGACUGCAUGAGGAAAUGCUGGCACUGAAAAAGCUGAUCUCUCCACAGGAAGACAAAGCCCCCACACCAAAUGGGCCCGAGUCUCAGACUGGAGUGGAAGAAGACCCUGCUGAGAAGGAGGAAGGCAGUGAUGAUGAAUGGGAACAGGUCGGGCCCAGAAACAAAAUCUCCAUCACCCGGCAGGCAGAUUUUAUCCGCACUCCCAUCGCGGUCAUAUUUGGUGGUCACAUCAGAUCUGUGGUAUACCAGCAGAGCUCAAAGGAGUCCGCCACCUUGCAGCCCUUCUUCACGCUGCAGCUGGACAUCCAAUCAGAGAAGAUCCGCACAGUCCAGGAGGCCCUGGAGGUACUGGUGGCGCGGGAGUCCGUUCAGGGCUACACCACUAAGAGCAAGCAGGAGAUUGAGAUCAGCCGGCGAGUGACUCUUGAAGAGCUUCCUCCAGUGCUGGUGCUUCACCUCAAGAGAUUUGUUUUCGAGAAGACCGGCGGAUGUCAGAAACUGGUCAAGAAUAUUGAUUACCCUGUCGAUCUGGAGAUCAGUAAAGAUCUCUUGUCACCGGGUGUGCGGGGCAAAACUCUGAAAGGCCAAAGAACCUACAGGCUCUUUGCAGUUGUCUAUCACCAUGGGAACAGUGCCACGGGUGGCCACUACACUACAGAUGUCUUCCACAUCGGUCUGAACGGCUGGCUGCGCAUUGAUGACCAGGCGGUGAAGAUCAUCAAUCAGCAUCAGGUGGUGAAGCAGACUGCAGAGCGCACUGCCUACCUGCUGUACUACCGUCGUGUGGACCUGCUGUAGAAACCAUACUCAUACACACAAACACGCACACACAGAUGUACAUUCAAACACACGUUUACAUGCAGACACUUACACGAUCUCACACACACAACCACGUGUCUCAACAGGAACACUGCCCUACUUCACGAUUGUCCUUUUCCCCUCAACCCUGCUAUUCCAGAGAGCCAGCUUUUCCAACUUGUUUCUUUUGUUUGUUUUUUUGGAAGACUUUUCUGUAGUAGUGUGUUCCCCCUCUGCACAAGGCCUUGCGUGGGUCUGGAGAAGCUGUGGGGAGAUAUGUUAGCACUGCAGAACGCUCCAGUUCGGAGAAACAGACCUGAAUCACUGCAAACGUCCACCGCCUCAUGUUGACUGGCCAGAGAGGAUCCCAGCUGAAUGAACUCAAACCAGUUGAGGCCGAUGGACUGCUGGAGAAAAUAAUUAUUUUUCCUUUUUUUUUGUUUUUUUUGUUUAAUUUCCUUUUUUAAAUGGCAUAGGAAAAAGUUAGUGUUUUGCCUUUUAGCAAGAGAUGUCGGCCUAAUUUGCAGCAGUUAAGUGGAGCCUGUUCAAUUUUUGACUACAGCAUCAAAGUGGCCCAACACCAGCAAGCUACCAAAAUUUGUAUAGAUCUCAAUGUAGGGGUUUGUUGAGUCCACAAGCAAGACACUUCAACUCCACCAACAACACCACAACCUCUUCUCUCUCCCCCAUUUCUCUCACAAUCCUGAUGCUUUAUAUUACACUUGAGUCAUGGGAAAAAUAAAGAGCGGGUGGGAGAAAGGGUGCUGCAGUGUGCUGAAAUGGUAAAAAGCAAAACAAGAAAAAAGACAAAAAAAAAAAAAACUAAAAUUGGCUUGAGAGAGCUUCAGUGUGAUUUUUGGGUGUAGGAUUAGAAAGACUAUCUUACAAUUUUAAUGCGCUUUAGGAUAUAAAUGAUUACAAAAGCUUUGUGCACGUAAUAAAAAAAAAACAUAAAAAAAAAAACGGUCGAUUAAAAAAAGGCAGAUGUGCGUUGUUUGCGCAUUUCUUGCAGAUAUUUAAGUUUUAAAAGUAUUAAAUGCAAAAAUCUGAUUCUUGGCGGCCGUCACCUUAAUCCGCUCCCUGGGGGGGUUAUGCUUGUUCUUUAGGCUUUUUGUGUACUUUCAUGCAGGCGAGAUACCAGAGAUGUCCAAGACUCCAUCAUGAACAUUGACUCGCCUUUAUUUGUUUUUGUUUUUUGUCCCCCUCUCGCCAUCUUUCAUUAGUUCUGUUUGGUCUUUUCCUGUAUCAUCAGUAAAAAGUAUCUGCUGAGCCACUCCUGCCAAGUUUCAAGAGGGAGCUGUGUUGAGAUGCGUCUGGUCUGCAUCUCAUUCUGUAUGUUAGCCCGCUCCGAGCAGUCAGCCUGUGAUGUUGAGGCUCCGUGUGCAGCUCUGAGGAUAAUAUCUCAGAAUGGAUGGCAAGAAAUGUCCCUUACUGCAGUCAAUUUGCUGUCGCGCACGAGGAGAGAUCAGAUUUGCCUGAUUAAGCCUUAAGUGCAACCGCAGAUGCGCACAAACAGCAAAUUAUGUUUCUUUCUGUUUUAGAGACAUUGCAUCAUCAAUAUUAUACCUGGCUGUAUUUUGAUUUUUUUUUUUUUUUUUUUAGUUUUUCUUCAUUCCCCAUUCAAAUAGUUUCUGUCCCAUUAAAAUUGAUCUUUUGAAAGGAAAUGACCCAAGGUUAAAGCACAACAGUUAAUAAAGUUAUAAGUACUAUGCUUGACCUUAUUUCAGUUUUUUUUUCACUAAAAAGUAUCACUGACAUGAAGAAAGUGUAUUUUGAUUUAAUAACUAACAAUGUAACAUUGCUCUACUUUCCUAGGCCCAGAAAGGAUAGACAGACUUUUUGCUUUGGUGGAAAAUUGUUAAACAGCUGAAAUUACUAAAAACUGUUGGUAGCUGAAAUAAUCAUCAGAUGACCUAAAUAAAAGUGGUUUGAGUGAUGAGUGUUUGAAAAUUCUGCACACAUUCUUGUUCAUAACCCUAUUACUGAAUAUCUCUCUAAUAACAGAACUUUUUGGGAAUGUUUCAGGCUUAACACUUGGUAUAUCCAAUCUUUACGCAAGUGAUACGUGCAUUUUAGCGCUUCACAACUGCGCACAAUUUUUGUUGUUGACAAUUGUAGAAAGUAAACCUGUUGCUUCCAGGAACAGAUCCUUUGAGCUGAGCUCUUCACACGCUCCCGUGUUAGGCUGGUGUGAACUCAUCUUUCCACUUUAAAAAUGCAGAGCAUGAAUUUCACAUCCAUCUGAAUGAGCUUAUUUUAUCCCAGCAGCACAGUCGGAAUAUGACUUCGAAUCCAUGUAAUCCCAGUUUCUUGUCAUUAAGAAAUGUCAGAUUUCAUUGUGUAUAUAUUGUCGGUUUUUCCUUUCAAUUGCUUGAUUACGGUUGCCACGUCAUGUUUAACCGUCUGACCUUUUGAACUUCCUGAAUUUGGUUUAUUUGGAUCUACACAAGGACGCAUCCCCAUGUGAAACCAAAGGAUACAAAGUCUCGAUAUAAACAGACGCUGUUGCCUCUUAUGAUUGCUAGAAGAUCAAAUGUACAAAUUAAGUACCCCCAACCUCCCAAAUUUGGUGUCUCCAUAUUGCACCGUUCAAGAACAUGACCUGUUUUCAGCUGACAUGCUGACUCGUCACCAGAAGAAGAAGCGUUAGGAAAAUCACCACUCUUCCUGACUGUCGGUUUUAAUGUGUUGACGCCUACUUGGUCACAUCUGAUGUGCUCAUCUUGUCUUGUUUCUCUUGCUGUCUCAUUCUUGGCCUUCAGCCUUCUACUUUUGUCAACUGUUCAAAUAAAAAAAUAAUUGUGGCAAGCUUUA